AUGACGAGAAGUACAUCCCAAAAAGUUGCAUACCAGUUGGCACCAACGAAUAUGACCUUAUAUAGGAAUGGUAAAAGUGGGAAUAACGCGUGGCAGGCCAAGUUGAGCAGACCCAUUUGCGACAUGUUCAAAAGGGAGCAUGGAAAACGGAAAAGCAUUGAAUGGGACAGAAAAAUGAAUAGCGUAACAACGUUUGUUGCUCUGGUGAACAAAGUACUAACUGGAAAAGGAGCAGUCCUGUCUAUUCAUUUUAAAAUGUUAAAAUGGGGAGACAAAAAAAAAGCUAGCAACCUCGUUUUGGGCGUUCCACACCAGGAGGAGGAUCCCUAUUACAACAGAAAGAAAUUUGCGCCAAAAGUGUACCUUAAUUUACUUCCAAUUUGA